AUGCUGGGAUUGAUCUUUCGUGGCGUCUUUCUCAUCGGUAUACUCACCUGGUACAGCACCAGCGUGUGGAAAAUGAUCGACGGCUACUUCAAGGAUCAGUUUCGAAGCUACUUGGAAGAAGAGUAUCGAAAGAAUCCGCGAAUGAGAUCCGAUGUGCGGAGUGGCUCGGCCGAUAAGAUCGAUCCCGCUUCGACCACGCCACGCCCCGACCCAUCAGUGGCGCCGCAGCGAGAGAUUCUCGAACUCAACGAAACGUUGACGGUCGAAGGUGCAGGAAAUGACACAAUUCGAUCGGACGAGGGGCAACGAGUGACAGGUGGCACCAGUGAAAACGAGGCCGACACAGGGGGAUCUAUCGAUAAAAAUGCAUUCCUAGAAACGAUCGUGGAAUCGGGGCUGGAAAGUAGUAAGCCGUCCAAGAACGAACAGGAUUCUCGGCAGCCUAUUAAUCACAAUGACCGUGACCUCGAACGUCACGAGAACGACGAUCGUCAUCGAUCAGUCUCCCAGGUGUCUAAGAACUCGAUGAAAGGAGUUCAAUGCAACAAAAGAGCAACCGUUUCUAGGGACAUUUCACGCGAGAAAAAAUCGUCCAAGAAGCGAAACGUGAAAACGAUUACGUUGACGGAGAAGGAUUUUAAAUCGGUUAUCAGAAAUCAUGUAUCUAACGACGAUUUCUGGGAAUUCGAGGAGGAUGCGGAUGAAAAAGAGCCGUUGGAGGGUAUUUUAGUCUCUCAGUUGCCGUAUAAACCGAGAGCUGAUAUAGGGAAUUUGGAAAGGGUCAGUGCGGAUGAAUAUUGUCCUCUGAGCUUGGAGGACGAGACUUCUUGCGAUGAAACGUUUAAGUGGCCUUGAAAAUUUAACGAUAAUUUAAAUUUAGAAAAUUUAGUAAAUUUAAUAAAAUGUAACGUAUUUCGUUUAUGUGAAACAAGUAGAGGAAAAUUAGUUAAUAUUAGAUAUUUCUGGUGUAGAAGUGUUGAAUUGUUGGAAAAAAUAUUGAAACACUUCGCAAGUAUCGCAGUAUAUAAGUAUAUUAGAAUGACUCAUUGAUAAUAAAUGUAUCAGCAUCGAUUUUCAUGGAAAAGGUCAUGAAUACAUUUUAAAUAUAUUAGUACAAAUUUGAAGUUGUUUGAUCCAUGCAUUAAUAUCUGGAUUCCUUAAAAUAUAGUUCCUUAAGAUGAAAUAUAAUUGUUCAUAUCUUCCUGUUAAAAGAUUUUAAAAUUUAACUGGAUUAUCAUUAUUUUAGCAUAUUUAUCGAAUUUAGAAUUUCACUACGAGAAAGUGAUUGAUAUCAGAAAGUUGAAUAAUGUUAAAUAUUUUAGAUAUUAAGUUAAAA